AUGGGAUAUUUAAAAUUAAAUAUAAUAUGUGAAAAAAAUCAACAAAAAUCUGUUAUGACAUUUGAUCCUUCCAUGCUUGUUUAUGAUGCCUGCCGACAAAUUAGAGAUAAAUUUCGUACUAAUAGAUAUUCUGAUCAAAAUGGAAUAAAUAAUUAUGAUGAAAGUUAUAAAGAUUAUGGAUUAUUUAGAGUUGAACCUGAUCCAACAAAAUGUGUCUGGAUGGAGAAUGGUAAAACAUUAGAACAUUAUCUUAUUCGUAAUAAUGAUACUCUUGAAUAUAAAAAUAAAAUGAGGCAAAUUAAAAUUAGAACUUUAGAUGGGAGUGUAAAAAUUGUUCCUGUUGAUGAGUCACAAAAUGUUGGUCAAUUGAUGGUUACUAUUUGUGGUAAAAUUGGUAUAUAUAAUCCAGAAGAAUAUUCUUUAACUAGAGAUGAUGCUGUAUCAAUUAAUGGUAGAGAUUCAACUAUUAAUUUAAAUGAUUAUCCUGAUUAUAAUAAUAAAAGAAAUGGUUAUCAUAAUUCAGUAACAUCAAAAAAAGCAGGUAUUGAAGGUAACAUUUUUGGUACUAUGAAUAGGAAAAAACAAAAGAAAUUAGAACAAUUAAGGCAUAAAUUACAUACUGAUGAAGAGAUUAGUUGGGUUGAUCAUGGUAAAACUCUUCGUGAACAAGGAAUAAUGGAUGAUGAAAUUUUAGUAUUAAGAAGAAAAUUUUUCUUUUCUGAUGCUAAUGUUGAAAGAGAUCCAGUUCAAUUAAAUUUAUUAUAUGUUCAGUGUCGUGAUGAUGUAUUAAAAAGUUUUCAUCCAGUUAAUAAAGCUAUUGCAACUCGUUUAGCUGCUCUUCAAGCAUUUAUCGAAUUUGGACCAUACAAUGAACAAAAAGUAAGAGGAAUAGAUUUUAAACAAUUUUUACCUGCUGAAUAUAAGAAAAAUAAAGAUAUUGAAAAAAGAGUCCUCCAACAAUAUCAAGAAUUUAAUUUUUCUGAUCCAACUUUUGAACCAAAAAGAAGUUAUAUUCAAGAAUGUAAAGAACUUUAUACAUAUGGAGUAACUUUCUUUGUUGUACAGGAACAAUUAAAAGAUAAAAAACAACUUGAAGUACGUUUAUUAGGAAUAAAUAAAGAUUGUAUAAUGAUAUUAGAUCAAAAAACUAAAGAAGUUAUUAAAGAAUAUCCUUUAGAACAAUUAAGAAGAUGGGCAACAUCACCAACAACAUUUGCUGUUGAUCUUGGUGAUUAUGAGGAUGGAUAUUUUGCUGUCCAAACACCUGAUGGUGAAAAAAUUGUUGCUUUAAUUGCUGGUUAUAUUGAUAUUAUUAUUAAAAAAAGAAAAUUAAAAGAUCAUUUAGGUAUUGAGGGUGAUGAAGGUAGUACAAUGCUUGAAGAUCGUGUUGCUCCAGCUAAAGCAACAUUAAUAGCACAUGGUGAAAUUAAUACACAAGGUAUACCUAUUCAAGAUGGUAGAGUUGCUUUACCAGGUGUUCUUAGACAUGCUGGUGCAAUUGAUCCUGAUAGUGGUGUUAAUGGUGCUCAGUAUGGUGCUGUUAGUGGGCAAAUAUUAACAAGAGCUUUACCUCAUGGACAAAGAGUUAGAGUUGUUGAUAGUCAAGAAAGAGCACAAAGAGCAUUAGUUGGAACAAUUGAAGCAUCAAUAAAAGCUGUUGAAGAGGCUGAGGAAGAAUUAUAUAAACCACCAGAAAUUCAAUUACCAAGAUUUGAUGAUCCAUCAUCAAGAAAAUGGAUUGAAACACAAAGAGAAGUUCAAAAAGAGGGUGUUUCUGAGAGAAUCUCUGCUAUGGGUGCAGCUACAGCUGAAGUUGUUCAAUUGACAGCCGUUGUUGAUGAAACAGAUCAUCGUGUUGGAUCAGCUGUAGCAACAAUUGGUUCAAAUUUACCAGAAAUGGGACGUAAUGUUCGUGAAUUAGCUGCUUUGAUGUCUGAUAAUAAACGUGCUGAUGAUUUAGUUACAGCAACACGUAAUUUAUGUGGAGCAAUGGGUGAUUUUCUUCAUACAGUUAAUCCAGAAAAUGAAGAAAAAAGAAAUAAAGUAUUUGCUGCUGCUGGUCGUGUAGGAGAAUACUCUCAACAAGUUCUUAAUACAAUUGAAGAACAAACAAUUGAAGAUAAACUUUUCCAUGAUGAAUUGGUACAAAAAGCUAAAACAGUAGCUACAUCAACAGCUCAAUUAGUUCUUAAAGCAAAAACAAUAUCAGCUGACUGUUCUGAAUCAACAUAUAAAGAAAGAGUUAUUCAUAGUGCUACACAAUGUGCCUAUGCAACAUCUCAAUUAGUUGCAUGUGCUAGAGUUGUUGCACCAAGUAUUGAAACACAAGGUUGUAAAGAACAACUUAGUAAUGCUUCUAAACAAGUUGCUGGAGCUGUUGAAACAUUACUUAUAGAAAGUAAAAAUGCCUGCCAAUCAUCCAUUUCUGGUAAUGGAGAAAAAAGUUUUAAUGAUAUUCAUGCAGCUGCUAGAGCUGUAACAUCAGCCUUAGAUGGUCUUUUGGAUCAUGUAUAUACUGGUAAAAAAUACCAACAACAACAACAACAUGAUACACAUUUUGAAAAUAUAUUAAGAAGUUCAAAUAGACUUAUAACAACACAAACAUCAACUCAAAAUAUGGUUAAAGAAUCUGAACAUGCUAUAAGACAUUCAAGAAUAAUCGUUGAACAAAUUGAGAGUGAAGCUGCUGACCAAGAACCAGAACAAAGGGAAAAAUUAUUAUCAGCAGCAAGAUCAGUUGCUCAGGCAACAUCAAAUAUGAUUGAUGCAACAAAACAGUGUCAAAAGACACCAGGCGAGGCUGAACAUCAGAUAAGAUUAAAGACAGCAGCUGAGACUCUUGUUAAUGCAACAUCAAACGCCUUAGCAAGCCAAAAUACGAAAAAAACUUUUGAUAAUCUUGAACAAGCUGCCAAGACAACAGCAGCAGCUGCAACACAAACUAUAGCAGCAUCAAAUCAAGCUGCUCCAUUAAUUAAUAAUAGAAAUGUUACAGAAACAUUAAUAGUUCAAUGUACUGAGACAGCUGAAGUUUUACCCCCAAUGAUUGGUGGAAUUCGUGAAUCACAAACAGCAACAACAGAAACAGAAAAAUUUAAAGCUCAAUCCAGAUUAAUUCAUGACACUUCAAAGGUUAUCUUACCAGCAACAAGAUUAACAGAGGUUGCUAGGCGUACCGUAUCAUCUGUACCUGAUCAAAAUGUAGCAGCAAAUCUUCAAUUAUCAUCACAAAGAUUAAAUGAGGCUGUUGCUGAACUUCGAGUUGCUUUAAAUAAUGCUCAACAUUUAAAUUAUGACUUAACAUUAGUUAGAUCAGAAGAAAUUAUUAAAGAAUUUGAUGAAGAAUUAAUAGAAAUAGGUAAAUCAUAUGCUCAGGGUUCAUUAACACCAUUACCACAUGAAAGACCUGAAACAUCUUCACAACAAGUUGUUAAUAGUGCUAAAGCUCUUCAAUCUUCAUUGGCACAAUUUAUUUCUUCUAAAGAUAGUAAUGAUAGACAACAUCUUGGUGCAGCUGCUGUUGAUACAUCAUAUGCCUUAAGAGAAUUUACCUCAUCAAUUCAUUCUGUUUGUUCGACACGUAAAGAGACAAAUGUUCCUGAAAUAAUUAAUCGUGCCAGAUCAGUUGUCCAUAAUACCGGAGUAGUAUAUGAUAAGAUAAAACAAAAUGCUCCAACAAUAGAUUUAUGUGAGGUUGGGCAACGUGCUUCAACAUCAAUAAAAGAAUGUCUUAAUGUACUUCCUGAUAAUGUUCUUCUAGAUAAUGCUUAUCAUGUUAUCUCAUCUGUAGAUAAAUCAUCAACAGCUACAAAAAUAACUAGACAACAUGUUCCUAUUGAGGAGAUACGUAAAAAAGCUGACAAUGUAAUAGAUACAAGUGGAAAAUUAAUGAUAACAAUAUCAGCACCAGAACAAUCUGGAACAAUUGAAUGUUUUGUUAAUGCUUAUACAACUUUUCAUACAACUAUAGAAGAAGCAAUAAUAAUUAAUAAAAGUCAACAAGAAUGGAAAGAUAAACAAUUAUAUCAUUUAAAAGAAACUCAAAAAGAAGCAUUAAAUAUAAUUGAAAAAAUUAAAGAAAGAUCAAAUGAUAUGACGACAACUCAAACACAACAAUCAUUAAUUCAAUCAACAAAAACUUUAACAGAAAUUGUUAAUAUUAUUGUGGAGGAAUUUAGUGAAGAACAACAAUCACCAUGGAUAGCUGAAUGUGAUAAUUCAUUAAGACAAAUAGAAAGUUAUAAACAUAUUCUUGAUAGUGCAUUAUAUCCAAUUAAUGAUAAAGGUUAUUAUGAAUCACUUGAAGCUGUAACAGAACAAGCUAAAAAAUUAGGUGAAGGUAUGACAGGAAUAGCUAAAGAUGCCAAAGCUGUUGAUACACCAUCACUUUGUAAUUCUGUUCGUAUAGCUUCAGAGGCUGUAUGUGGGUUGGCUGAAUUUGCAGCACAAUCGGCAUAUCUUGUAGGUGUCUCUGAACCAUCAUCAAUCCCUGGUAGGAGUGCUCUUUUUGAUAAAAAUCAAUGUGAAAAACAUUUAGCUGUUGUUCAAGAAAUUUGUCAUAUAAUUCAAAAUGAAAAUUAUGAUCAAAGAUCUUUACUAGAUAAUGUUACUAUUCUUUCUAAACAUACAUCAACAUUAGCAUCAUUAUGUCAAGAGGCUUCCAAAAAAACAAAUAAUAUUAAUGUAAAAAAACAAUUUGUUAAAUGUGGUAGUGAUAUUGCUACAUCAACAACUAAUUUAAUUGGUGCUGUUAAAGCUGUUGACAAUGAUAUAAGUAAUGGAUCAAAAAAAAUUGAUCUUAGUGAAAAAGCUUAUAUACUUAAUUCAUCAUGUCAACAAUUAUAUAAUUUUAUUUGUAAUCCUGAGUUUAGUCCUGUUCAAGCAAAAAUAUCUGUUAGAGGUGCUGAAGCACAAAAACCAGUUUUACAAAGUGGAAGAGAAAUGUUAUAUGCAUCAUGUGAAAUGAUAAAAACAGCUAAACAAUUAGCUAUAUCACCUAAAGAUUCAUCAACAUGGCAAAGAUUAGCUGAUAAUUCAAAAGUUGUCUCUGAUUCAAUAAAAAAACUUGUCUCAGCUAUUCGUGAUGAAGCACCUGGUAAAAAAGAUUUAGAAAAUGCAAUAUAUAGAUUAGAACAAAUGAUUGAAAGAAUAGAGGUUACAUCAAAUAUGUAUUCUAAUGAUGGUCAAAGAUCACCACAUAAAACAAUUGAUCAACGUUUUCAACAACAAAUAAUUCAUGCAUCACAAUCAAUUAUUGAUAGAAUAGAUUCAUUUAAAAAUGCUGCUAAAUAUAAAGCAGAAGGUAUACCACAUGAAGUACAUGAACAUAUGUUAGCAAUGGAAUCAUUAAUACAAUCAACUAUUCAAUCAGCUUCUACAGCACCAAAUAGUAAAAUUCAAACAGAUCUUUUUAAUUAUUGUAAAAAAGCUGUUGAAGGUGAGUAUCAAUUAAUGAUAGCAGCUAAUGAUUGUUGUGGAAAUCCAAAUAAACCACCUAAAAUUCAUCAAAUGAUUGAUGAGGGUGGUAAUGUUUUAUAUAAUACUUUAACUGAUCUCCAAAGAUACAUUAAAGUUCUUGAAUCACAAUCUGGAGUUAUUCAUGGUAUGGUUGAUUCAAUUUCUAAAAGUAUAGCUAAAACAGAUGAGGCACAUAAUAUAGGACAUGAUAAUUCAUUUACUGAUGCUCAAACAAGAAUGACAACAGCACUUGAAAAUAUUAAAAAAAUUGCAACUGAUAUGAGAGUAUCAGAACCAUCAGAACUUGGUUCAUUAGCACUAAAAUUAACAGAUAAUUAUCAAAUUUGUGCUGAAGAAUCAAUUAUUGCUAUUGCAUUACUUUCAUCACCAACAAUUGGACAUAAAUUAAGAAUUGCUGUUCAAAAACUUGGUACAUCAUGCAUUGAAUUAGUUAAAAAUGCUGGACAAAGACGUACCUAUCCAGGUGAUAGAAGAACAGCAGAAAAAUUAACUGAUGAAACUUAUAAUGUUGUUGAAAGAGUUGAAGAAGUUUUAGCUGCUUUACAUGAAGGUUCUAAAGGUACACAAGCAUGUAUUAAUGCAGCAAAUACUGUUUCUGGAAUUAUUGGUGAUUUAGAUACAACAAUUAUGUUUGCAACCUCUGGAUCACUUAAUACAACAUCACAAAAUGAAGGAAUAACAAUGUCAGGAGAUAGAUUCAGUUGCCAUAGAGAAAAUAUCUUAAAAACAGCAAAAGCACUCGUUGAAGAUACGAAAGCCCUUGUAUCAGGAGCUGCUUCAAAUCAAGAACAAUUGGCUGUUGCUGCACAAAAUGCUGUAAGGACAAUUGUUAAUUUAACAGAAGCUGUUAAAAAUGGUGCAAUUUCAUUACAUGGAGAUAAUGCUGAGGCACAGGUUAUGGUUAUUCAUGCUGUUAAAGAUGUUGCAUCAGCUUUAGCAAAUCUUAUUCAAGCAACUAAAAAUGCUUCAGGAAGACAAUUACAUGAUCCAGCUAUGAAUAAUCUUAAAGAAGCAGCCAAGCAAAUGGUUUCUAAUGUAACAGGUCUUCUUAAAACAGUCAAAACAAUUGAAAAUGAGUCACAAAGAGGAACUAGGGCUCUUGAAGCAACAAUAGAAGCAAUAGAAAAUGAAAUUAAAACAUAUAAUAAUGGAGAAAUUCAUAGUCAUGGAGGAAAUUAUCAAAUAGGGGACAUGAUUCGAGCAACAAAAUCUAUUAAUGAUGCAGCUAAUAAAGCUAUUAAUGCAGCUGGUACAUUAAAACAAGAUGAUAUGAUAGGUGCAGCAAAUCUUUCAAGACAAGCUAUAUCAGAUUUAUUAUCAGUUACUAGUAAUAUUGCUACAACAGCUGAAAAUGCUGAAGUUAGAUAUAAAAUUAUUGAUUCAGGAAGAGAGGUAGCUAUUCAAAUAAAAGAAUUAUUAAUAGUUCUUCAUAAUGUUUUGGUUAAAAAUGGUUUUGAUAAAGAAUCUAAAAAUAAUCUUACAUAUGUUUCUAAAAAAAUAACAGAAGUAGUUAAUGAUUUACUUAAUUGUGGUGAAUCAUUAAAAGGAGAUGAUGAAUGGAUGGAUCAUCAAGAUGCUGUUUUAAUUGCUGAGAAUGAACUUAUGGGUGCUGCUACAUCUAUUAAAGCAGCUGCUAUAAAAUUAGCACAAAUGAAACCAAGAAGGCAUACUAGUGAAAUAACAAAAUUAGAUGAAAAUCUUGAAUUUGAUGAACAAAUUCUUGAUGGAUGUCGUUCAAUUUUAAAUGCUGUAAAUACUCUUGUCAAGGCAGCAUCUGAAGCUCAAAGAGAAUUAAUAGCACAGGGACGUAUAGAUCCAAGUCAAAGAAAUGUUCAUUCCUCAGAUUAUCAAUGGUCAGAAGGAUUAACAUCUGCAGCAAAGUUAGUUGCUGCAGCAGCUCACCAAUUAUGUGAAGCAGCUAAUGGUGUUGUUCUUGGUCAUGGUACAGAAGAAAAGUUAUCAAGUGCAGCUAAACAUAUAGCCUCAUCAACAGCUCACCUUUUAGUAGCAUGUAAAGUUAAGGCAGAUCUUAAUUCUAGAGCCAUGCAAAGACUUCAAACAGCUGGUUUAGCUGUCAAAACAGCAACAGAACAUUUGGUUAAUGCUGCAAAACAAUCAAUUACUGAGGAUGAUACAGCAUUGAUAAUUAGUCAAAAUAUGGUUAAAGGAAUUUCACAAGUAAUGGAUGCUCAAGAAAUUGUUUUAAGGAAAGAAAGAGAAUUACAAGAAGCCAGGCAAAAUUUGGCAUCUCUCAACAAACAAAGAUAUUUCAAUAGGAAUGAAGAAGAUGAAGAAUAA